GUACGGUACGGUAGCGGGAGAGGGCAUCGGUAUGGCGGGGCACGGCGGGGGACAUGCAAGGAGCUUCGGCAACUCGGCCAAUGACGGCAAUGAGGAAAGACUGGCUGCGUUUCGCCCCAAAUCCGUCUUCCCCUUUGAGCCGAAUCCAGACCUCUCGCCCGACGUCACCCCUUUCUAUCUCUCAAUGCUCACACUUACAGAUUGAUUGUCAGACGCUCAGCUACCUAUCCAUACCUACCUACUUACAGUAUGAGUCCAUCACUCACUCACUCAUACACAGCAGAGCAGAGCAUUCAUUCCGCUCCCCCACACCAACAAGGAGAACCGGUGCGACGCCACCGCUACCUAUCCUCCUCUCUACGGAACAGACCACGAGGAGAGGAGGGCCAUCCAGAAGUAUCUGGUACUUGCUCCAGGAGCCUGUUCCGAACUAUUUUCAGCUUCCGAGGUUUGUUUUACCCACGGUCCUGGCACCCAGCCAAGAUUUCGUUCGCCCUACCAAAGACCAUAGACACACUCUCUCCUUAUGCUUCCCCAUGCCUACAACCCUAUGUGACUGGCUGGGCGAAUGGAGGGGUUGGCGAGUCACUCUCACCGCGUUGACGUUCUUCACACUGUCCGUCAACUGGCCUGGGCCAGAGGUCAGAGGUACAAGCCUCGAAACAGAUGUAAGACGAUUGGUCCAGGGACGCCUUUUGGCCGAACACUGCCGAUGGCGGCCAUGGCCUAGCUUCUGCUUGGCUACUUGUUUCUUUAUUCUUAUGCUCUGCCCUGACCUCUUCUUUUUUUGCUUGUGACUCCUCCAAGAUUGACUUUCUUUCUCCUCCUCUUCUACCCCUCCAAGCAUUUCUACUCUUCCCUCAAACUCGUUGAUCACUUGUCAAUUGAGUUGUGAAUAGCAUCGUUAGUCUGGUGCUAUAUCGUCUUGUUCCUGGCCUGCCAAGUAUCCAGGUAUUCCUGUCCAAUCUCGAUUCUCACAUACCC